AUGCUUCAGGCUCUUAAGAUCUCUCAGUGCUUCAGGCCUCUCAAAGCUUCUCAAGAUCCCUCAGUGCCUCAGGUUUCUCAAAGCCUCUCAAGAUCUCUCAGUGCUUCAGGCCUCUCAAGGCCUCUCAAGGUCUCUCAGUGCCUCAGGCCUCUCAAGGCCUCUCAAGGUCCCUCAGUGCCUCAGGCCUCUCAAGGCUUCUCAAGAUCUCUCAGUGCCUCAGGUUUCUCAAGGCCUCUCAAGAUCUCUCAGUGCUUCAGGUUUCUCAAGGCCUCUCAAGAUCUCUCAGUGCCUCAGGCUUCUAAGCUACUCAAGGUCUCUCAAGGUCUCUCAGUGCCUCAGGCCUCUCAAGGCUUCUCAAGAUCUCUCA